UGUUUGACUGUCACCAGCGCAUUAUAGCACACCACACAAAAAAAGCAGAGAACUGUUACGCUCGCUCACACAAAACCAAACAACCCUUUCAUGGCUUUGGAUCUAACUCUCUGAUCUUUCCAUCAUCGCCUCCUUCAUUUUCAUAACAAGCAGUAAAUGAUUGGUUUUUGAGCAGUUAAACGAGAAAGGGAUUUUCAGUUAAGAGAAGAUGGCGUCGGUUGGUGUGGCACCAUCUUCAGAGUUGAGAGAAGCCAGUGGUCAUGCAGCUGCAGGUGUUGAUAGAUUGCCAGAAGAGAUGAACGAUAUGAAAAUUGGGGAUGAUAGAGAAAUGGAAGCUACAGUUGUUGAUGGCAAUGGAACGGAGACAGGACAUAUCAUUGUGACUACUAUUGGGGGUAGAAAUGGUCAGCCGAAGCAGACUAUAAGCUACAUGGCAGAGCGUGUUGUAGGACAUGGAUCAUUUGGAGUUGUCUUCCAGGCUAAAUGCUUGGAAACUGGUGAAACGGUGGCUAUCAAAAAGGUUCUUCAAGACAAGAGGUACAAGAAUCGUGAGCUGCAAACAAUGCGCCUUCUUGACCACCCAAAUGUCGUCUCUUUGAAGCACUGUUUCUUUUCAACCACUGAAAAGGAUGAACUAUACCUUAAUUUGGUACUGGAGUAUGUUCCCGAAACAGUUCAUCGCGUGAUCAAACAUUACAACAAGUUGAACCAAAGGAUGCCGAUGAUAUAUGUGAAACUCUACACAUACCAGAUCUUUAGGGCAUUAUCUUAUAUUCAUCGAUGCAUUGGAGUCUGCCACAGGGAUAUCAAGCCUCAAAAUCUAUUGGUCAAUCCACACACUCACCAGGUUAAAUUAUGUGACUUUGGAAGUGCAAAAGUCUUGGUAAAAGGUGAACCAAAUAUAUCGUACAUAUGCUCUAGAUAUUAUAGAGCACCUGAGCUUAUAUUCGGAGCAACUGAAUAUACUACAGCCAUUGACGUCUGGUCUGUAGGCUGUGUUUUAGCUGAGCUGUUGCUUGGACAGCCAUUGUUCCCCGGUGAGAGUGGAGUUGAUCAGCUUGUUGAGAUUAUCAAGGUUCUGGGCACUCCAACAAGGGAAGAAAUUAAAUGCAUGAACCCUAACUAUACAGAAUUUAAAUUCCCACAGAUUAAAGCACAUCCAUGGCACAAGAUCUUCCAUAAGCGCAUGCCUCCAGAAGCUGUUGAUUUGGUGUCAAGGCUACUACAAUACUCCCCUAACCUGCGGUGCACAGCUUUAGAUGCCUUGAUCCAUCCUUUCUUUGAUGAGCUUCGUGACCCAAACACUCGCUUGCCAAAUGGUCGUUUCCUCCCACCACUGUUUAAUUUUAAAUCUCACGAACUGAAAGGAGUCCCAGUUGAGAUUUUGGUGAAAUUGGUUCCAGAGCAUGCGAGGAAGCAAUGCCCGUUUCUUGGCCUUUGAUAUGUCAGUGAAAUGUAACAAAACUUCAAGUGUUGUUUCCAUAUGAAUGCUACGCGUUCCCUCUAUUUAUGAUAUGAUAUUUGUUCGUAUUUUUGUUGUAUUCGGUUGCCCUGUAAAAGCUCUGGAUGGGUAUUCAGAAUGCCCUGCUUCCUGUAUCACAGCAGAUUGUAACAUGCAAUAGAAAACCAAUGUCUGCAAUUAUCUAAACUUUGUAUUAGUAUGUUUUUUGUUGAAACAAUGAUGGGUUGUUGGUUUAAUUUAGUUAUGCUUGGCAUGAUGGUUGGAAGUUGUGACGGCCUUAUCUGUCUGCAUAUGUUUAUUUUCCCCUCCGUGUUGAUAAUCUCUGGCGAAACUACAUGGGACCAAGUCUUGGUGAUGAUAGUCUUGAAUAGAUUGCUGUAUUGAGGAAUAUUAAUCUCCAUGAAUGAAAGUGAUCGUUCUUUGUUUAAUGGAACAGUCAGAAUGACUUGAGCCUUUUUAUUAUUUUCGGGGUUGGAGGUAUGGGAGGACUUGUGCCAAUAUUGUUGAAAAACUUGGAUAUGCAAGCAUGACUCAUGGCUACGGUACAAAGACUAUGUACCUGCACAUCUGAGCAGGUUAAGGUAGUUGCCAUUUAUACCAGAAGAAAAUAAGUUAGCCAGUGACAGACAUUGUAUUGGCCUUGUAUAGCCAAACUGUUUAAUUUAUUUAUUUAUUUCUC